CCGGUACGAACGGGCGAUUUUUCUCCUUUCCCCGCACCGAGCUCGCAGUGCGCGCUGUGGGGCAGCCUGGGCACACAGAGCCUGGCUUAGUGCGGGGUGGGCGAGGAGUACGGCCUGGUCGGCGCUGGAGGCGGGCGGGCGCACUAGAUUCUUUGGAUUGCGGGUGUCGCGAACAAAUAAACGAGGCGGGCGGUUGCGCCGUGCCGGCCGAGAUCGCGCUGCUGGGGGGCGGGCGGAGGGGCCACGAGCGGCGAUGGAGCCCGGCGGCUGCGACAUGGGGCCCGCGGUGAAGGCGGUGGCAGCCGUGCUGCCGGCGGGAGGGAGCGGUGAGCGCCUGGGCGGUGCCACCCCCAAGCAGUUCUGCGCCGUGCAGGGGAGGCCGCUCGUCAGCUACACGGUGCGGGCCAUGGAGAGGGUCAGCUGGAUAUCUGACAUUAUCGUGGUGGUCUCUCCUGAAAAUAUUGAAACAAUGAAGUCUAUCAUCAAAAAAUAUGGCCACCAAAGAGUUACAGUAGCAGAAGGUGGAAUAACUCGUCACCGAUCAAUUUUCAAUGGACUGAAAUUGUUUUCAGAGAAUGAAUUUUCCAACUGUCUGCUCCAAAAACCAGAAGUAGUGAUUAUCCAUGAUGCUGUGAGACCAUUUGUUGAAGAAGAUAUUCUUCGAAAAGUGGUGAUGGCUGCUAAAGAGUACGGGGCAGCAGGAGCAAUUCGUCCUCUGGUUUCUACUGUUAUUGCCUCUGCUGCAGAUGGAUGCUUAGACCACUCAUUGGAACGUGCCAGGUACAGAGCAAGUGAAAUGCCUCAGGCUUUCUUGUUUGACGUAAUCUAUCAAGCAUACCAACAGUGUACAGACUAUGAUCUGGAUUAUGGAACAGAAUGUUUGCAUCUGGCUCUGAAAUACUGUAAAACAAAUGCUAAACUUGUUGAAGGGACGGCUGACCUCUGGAAGGUGACCUAUAAGCGGGAUCUGUAUGCAGCUGAAUCAAUUAUUAAGGACAGCUUAUCACAACAAAUUUGUAUUAUUACUGAUGCAAAGGAAGCUGUUGUUCAAGUAGGUUUUCUUCUUCACGAAUCUCUAAGAAGUCAAAUAAAAGUUGAGGCUGUAUCAGUAUCUCUAAGCAAAUGUGAUAGCCAUCUACAGAACACCUUUUCAGGACAGUGCUACAAUUUUGUUUGCAUAAAUGAUAAUAAGUACGCCAUUGAAGAAAUCCAGCAGCUAGUGGAUAUGUUAGAAGAAUCAAAUGUUCCUCUCUUACAUCCAGUUAUUCUUAUUUCGGUUCACUUGAAUAGUUCGGAAAAUACUUCUUUCAGCAUUGAUUUGGAAGAACUAACUAGAAUGAAGAAAUUUGCAAGGGAAGUGAAGAGGAAAAAUAUUUUGGUUUAUGGUCUCCUUAUCCAACAUAAGGAGCUGCUUGCUUGAGAAUGGAACAGUGAAUUUAGUAUUGGCAUGACGGGGAGUCUAUAGGAAGUGGAACCACAGAAAGCAUCAUCUGUUGUAAUUCAGGAUGCUUGGGCUGUUGUUGCAAUUUCUGUCAGUAUCCACUAUCUGGAAGUCCCUGAGAAGCAUGGAUUAUUUUGGAAGAAGAAUGAUGACAGAUUUCUUCAUGGAACUUCCCUCUAGCUGACAGUUUAUUUCAUUACUAUCCACAACAUGCACAGUUGAUAUGUGCUUUUAUUAGUUCUUAAAUAUGAGUAAAAUAUAAUGGACAAAUAAUUUACUGAGACAUAUUACUACUGAAAUACUGAGGUGAAAUUAUUUUACAUUUGUAAGGUAUAUAUAUAAAGUAGGUGUGAUGACAUGUUGAUAUGAGAGAAAUAAAAGAAUAUAUGGGCACUAGUUAAGUUCUACAUUAGAAAAGUAGACUUGUUGAAGUAAAUCCUUUCUGAGAUAUAUAUAUCCUUCUGAGAUUUGUAGAUACAUUUAAUGUAGUUGUAUAUAUAGAUAAUGUCUUGGGAAUGGAAGUGAAAUGCUUUUGGAACCAAGGAGUACAUUUUUGACAGUAUUGGAAGUAAUAUGACAGCCUAAGAUAACGCAUGCCUUCAUUUGUUAAAUGCAGUGGUUAUUUGAUAUUUAGAAAAAUAUAUUUAAUAAUUCUAUGAAUAUUUUGUACUCCAAGCAGUUAGUCAGGAAAAUUAAAGGAAAAGGUUUUAAUAUGCUAUUUGAAAGAACUGCUUUCUACUUUCCAGUUGAUCAAACCGAAUGCAUGUUCACAGUCCGUACACAAGCAGUUAUUUCUCUCACAAACAUUAUGCAUGGAAUACCAAAAUACUCACACUGAUACAAACUUUGGAUCCACUUCAUAACAGCUCUAGAUUGCAUGAUGAAAAGAGCUUUGUUUAAAUUUCCUUUAAGAAAGUAUUUUUAAAGAAAGUUCUCUAAAGAAAUUCAAUGAAGUUUAAAAAUGAUUUACAUUUUUAAAAGGCAGAGGUAGAAGUCAAUAUUCACAAAAAAUUCCGCUCUGAACUCAUGGAGUAUAAUUUUGAGGAUUUUUCACCUGAGUUAAAGGAAACAGCUGAUAAACAAAGUGAGCUAAAACGAGAGAGAGAGAUCCAGUUUUAAUAGAAGAUAUUAGUAGUCUGUGGUGGUGACAAGGUUGACAAAGCACCAAGUGAGUUUAGUACAAGUACCUUAGUCUGAAAAGUAUGUUGAUUGGUAUGGUAUCACUACAUAUCACAUUGGAGUAUUCUUUUGUAUUAUCAGUCUAAUGUGAAAUAGUUUAUUCUGCAAACUAGGAGAAAAAACUAUAAAAAAAGAAGCCAAGUUAGUCUUGAGUAAACAUGGUUUACUUAGAAGAAUUCUAAUGAACGAGAGAAUACAGUAGAUAAUGUCACAGUAUUGUAUCCAUGUCUGAUUUAUGUCAUCCAAACUGCAGGAUUUCAGAGGGAACCUCAACUGCAUGUGAUGGUCCUGUGUUCUGAACAGUAGAAUAAUAUUGAAAUGGAGCCUUGAUAUCAGAAAAGCUUAAGUGUGUUAUUAUUCUAUGUAUACAUUUUAUAAUAUUUCAUGUGGCUGAAUAAUUUAUAUUCAAGUAUGUCAGUUAAAUUUUGAAAAAUUCUAGUUAGUCCAUAUACUACUAUUUUUAUUAAAGUAAUAAUGACUCUCAUGACUGGAUAACAGUCAACUGAUCUUUGUGUCAAAAAACAAAUAGAUAAACAGUGUUUCGUCAGUACAGAUUUUUAAGGUUGCAAUAAGUAAGAGUUUUGGUCUAUAAGUUUCAGUAAUGCUUUUGUUACUUUUCACACAGAAUAAAAGAAAAAAUACAAUCUGGGAAAAAAAAAAAGAGCUUUAAUAAUGUGAAAGUUGAUUAUAGUCUGUGUUAAUCUUACUUCAGAGAGACACUGACAGAGCAUCUUGUCAGUACAGCAGUUGCAUGCUAAGACUUGCUUGGGGUAGGCAAGGUGGCCUCAAAUACUUUUGUCUCUGAAAUAGAUGUUUGAUUAAGCCAAAGAAACUAUUCACUGAGAUAGCCAGAAAAAUCACAGGCCACACCCUACAGAAAGACAAAUGGUGUAAUAGAAUAGUUGUUAUGAAUUUGUUUGAGACCAAAAUAAACUGAAGUGUGAGUAAUUUCUUUUGCAAACAUGCUGCACUUUUGUUGUAGUCUUUGAACUAUUUGUUGAAGACUUCUGAAAACAAGAGGUCCCUCCACAGUGUGUUUGGUACCUGAGGAAGCACUUUGCCUACAAAAUGUGGGGGCUUCAUCUGGUUUGGUAAAACUGUAAAGGAAAAAAAAAGAUCCCUUAAAAACAAUAUUAUAUGUAGCCAUUAGGGCUGUGGUUCCCAAAAUAGGAAGCACGAACACAAAUGAGACCAUCAAAAUGUCAUAGCAGAAGAUGCUUUGGCAACUGGAAGUGAAGUAAUGAACCUGAAGGGCAAAUUAAGUAAAAAUCACCAGCAAGUUGCUGAUACCUCACUCAAGUAGAAUAAUCUUGCAGACUGUUCAUUCUUUUGUCAAGGGGUGAGCGAGUGAUGAACAUGAGUGCCAGCAUGAUCUGCAUUUUUAAGUGUGUGGGACUGAGAGGGAAACCAAAUGCAGCUUGAAACUGUCCAUGUGAAUAACCUUACUGAAAUUUAUAAGCUUAUUAAUACAAAGGCCAAGAAAGUCAUACACCGGUACCGAUGGAUAUUUAUGGAAACUAGACACCAUUUGAUCCUUCAUAAUUAAUUGUUAUGUACUACAAUCUGAGAUUAGUCAUGACUCCAUAUUUGCAAGAGGUAGAACUGAUAUGAUGAAAAAGUUUGCAAGCAGACCAUUAAAUAAAACUACAGGUAACUCUUGAUGUAAAUUUCAGUGAAUAGAAGAUGCAGAACUAUUCAAUGGAACUGUAUUAAGGUAAUACCCAAGAAAUCAAACAGAACUACUCAUUUUCCUUGGGAGUGGCAGACACAGGAAUAGUUAACAUCUGUAAUGUUCAUCUUACCUUCAAAUCAGAAUUUUUUUUAGUUCAGUGGAGGAGAUUUUUUGAAAAGGAUUCAUUUGCUUUGAUGAAGAAGAAACUUGGUAGACAAUCAUUGCACUCCAUAAGUAUUUUUACACACAUGAGAAAUUACAGAUGACUUUCUGACCCAACUUGGUGAAGACAAAAGUCUUUGCUUUUUUUUUUCUCCAGGAUCAGCAUUCAUUCUUAGAUCUUGCUGUGUGAACGUGUGUAAAUCUGGAUGGACUUUGUUCAGAAAAUCUAUGGUCAGAAACAGUAGUCAGUUUUAUUGAUUUGAUCAUCAGAAUUCUUUUGUCUGUCAAGCUUGCUCAUGUAUAAACAAAUUUAAAAGAACCCCCAGAAAUAGCACAGUUUUAAAAUGUAGUCUUACUAUUUGUUACAGAUGUGCAUUAUCACAUUUCUAUAUUUUUUUUCCAUCAGAUGAUAAUUUGUUUUUGUCAGUGAAAUAUUUAUAGUUAUUUACAGAAAAUGAGUUCAAAGUUUAAUGCUUGCAAAACAGAAGGUUGUAUAGUUCCAAAUAAAUACUUUGAGUCAGGAAAGAACAUAAACACUUGUGUUAAAUUAUUUAACACAAAGUCUGGAAGUCUUACUUUUGCUUUAAGUGUUCUUAUGUGUACUAUUUCAGGAACCAGAAGUGCAUGCUGCUGAUUUUAGUAGGUACUUGAAGCCUGGUGCACGAUCAUAUUUGUCAACAAAUUGUCAUUGUGAUUUUUAGCAUAUUAAAAAGUCUAUCCACCUUGAACUGGUGCAUAGGUGCUCUUAUAUUUGCUUGCUCAGCUUCUCUUACUACCUUUCUCUGUCAUUUCUCUCACUUUCUUUCCCUUGUUUCCCCUUAAGUCUUCAUCCUCCCUUAGGAAAAGUAGGUGAUAAAUUAAUGGAUUUAGUACAACUGUGAAGCUUUAUUAAAGGCACUCAAAACGUUUCCACAAGCUAACUUUGCAGUGCAGUACUAAAUUCCCAAUCUGAAGAAGCAGAGUUUUUUGUAAAAAGAAUUGGCUUUUGGGAUUUCAUUAAAUAAUUGUCUAGAUUUUUAUCAAGGGAAGAUUGGAAACGCUUAAUUUGUCUCUGCUCUUACAACUUCUAGAAUUUUAACAAGCCGCAUAGAUUAUGACAAGAUCUGUCAUAUGACCCUUUUAGACUCAUUUCACUACUGAACUUUUAAUAGGAAAUCACCAUGUCAGCCAAAGUGAUUAGGGCACUUUUGCUUCAAAAUCUAGCCUUUGUAAAAAGUGGUCUUUAAACUUCCUUGAUUUCGUAGCCCAUUUCAACCAUUCUGGGAAUGUUAGUCAGUAAUGGCUCUUGACUGUUUCUUCUGUGGACAUUUUAGUUGUAUAAAAUAAUACUAUUCUAUAGUACUUUAAAGGCAUGGAGUAGAAUUUUGGGGAUCAAAUGGGUUCGAAAGGGAAAAUGACAAAUUCUCUUGGGGGAGGGGAGGUAGCGCACUUUUCUAUCUUGUUACUUUGCGUGGUUUAAUUACGUUAGAUAGUUCAGUGUGUUAGGGAAUAAACACUGAAUUGGAACCAUUUGCAAAAGCAAAUAUUAUGAAUAUCAAAUCUGAGUUUGAUCUUCAAAUCUGUUCUUAGUUAUCUGUUAUCUGACAUUUUUUCCAUAUUAAGAAAACUUUGAUGUUGAC